CACUGCUCUGAGUCGGGCACGCGCGCGCGCUCCCGGCGUCCCAAGCUUGUCAGGGCUUUGCACGAGAGUAACCUCACGGAGCCGCGGCUUGUAGUGGAGAGACCUUUAUCCCAUUCGUCCUCCGCCUCCCUCCCUCCCUCCUCCGGCGCGCAGCGUCUCUCUACCUCAGCAUGGCGGCCCUGAGCAAGUCCAUCCCGCACAGCUGCUAUGAGAUCGGUCACACCUGGAACCCGUCAUGCUUCGGCUCCUACCUGCAGAUCACACAGGGCGCUAUGGAGGAGUCUUUCAAAAUCUACGCGCCCCUCUAUCUGGUAGCAGCGAUCCUGCGGAGGAAGAACUUAGAUUACUAUGUACACAAACUACUACCUGAACUAUUACAAUCAACAUCCUUCUUAACCGCGAAUGGAAGCCUGUAUAUUGCCUUCUUCUGCAUUCUGAGGAAACUGCUUGGAAGAUUCUACUUCUGGACGCCUGGAUUUGGUGCCGCCUUACCUGCUUCUUAUGCUGCUAUUCUGAUUGAAAGGAAAAGCAGGAGAGGGCUACUGACAAUUUAUAUGGCCAACCAGGCCACAGAGGCAUUGUUUCGAAUGGGCGUGACGCGGGGAUAUAUCAAGCCAAUAAGACACGGAGAGGUCCUUUUAUUUUGCAUCACAUCUGCGCUCUACAUGUUCUUUUUCAGGUGCAGGGAUGGUCUAAAAGGAUUCGCUUUUUCAGCGCUUAAGUUCAUCGUGGGAAAGGAGGAAAUCCCAGCACACGCCUUGUUGCCGGAGAACAUGUAUGUCAAAGCCGAGCAGAAGAGCAAAGAGCAUAGAGGGCUCUCCAGGAACAGUCUCAAGAGGCUCAUGGAUAUCAUAUGCAAACAUGGACCAAGGCACAGAUGUUGCAAACAUUAUGAAGACAACUGCAUCUCUUACUGCAUUAAGGGCUUUAUACGAAUGUUUAGCAUUGGUUAUUUGAUCCAGUGCUGCCUUCGCAUCCCGUCUACCUUCCGACACCUGUUUACAAAACCUUCACGCUUGCUGUCCCUGUUCUACAAUAAGGAGAACUUCCAGCUUGGGGCUUUCCUCGGAUCUUUUGUCAGUAUUUAUAAGGGUACCAGCUGCUUCUUGCGUUGGGUUCGUAACUUGGACGAUGAGCUUCAUGCACUUGUAGCAGGUUUUCUGGCUGGGAUAUCUAUGAUGUUUUACAAAAGCACCACCAUUUCCAUGUACCUAGCAUCCAAACUGGUAGAGACAAUGUACUUCAAAGGCAUCGAGGCCGGAAAAUGCCCUUAUUUCCCGCAUGCGGAUAGUGUUAUCUACGCGGUUUCUACGGCAGUCUGUUUCCACGCUGCCGUUAUGGAAGUCCAGAAUUUGAGACCAUCCUACUGGAAAUUUCUGCAGAGGCUGACAAAGGGCAGGUUUGCACUGAUGAACAGAAAAGCCUUAGAUGUUUUUGACUCUGAAGCAUCUAAAAACUUCAACAAAUUUGUCCCUAAACUGGAUCCAAGGUUCUGCAUUGUAAAGCCGGAGCUGCCUCUUGACUUCUCCUGAGAUCUGUUCAUUUUUAGGAUCUGAAGCCUCUUGAUCAUCGAGACAAAGAAAUUAAGAAGCUCCGAGGCUUCUGUCAAGUAUUAACUAAUUUACCCUGACCAAUCCAAACAUGGCUUGAUUCUUGCUGAACCCCCAUCCCAUCGAUUGAUUUAUAGAACGAUUCAAUUGGAUGAACAGUAGUGACGGUGAUGACAAGGCUGACGUCACUCAGAAACACUGACCAUUGUGAAUGUUUCUGUGUGUUGGUGUCUUGGUCGCCAGUUAAUGAUAUACUCUAAUUUAACAGAGUAAUUUAUGACAUAGACUGAAGAUUGUAUUGAUAAUUGAACUAAUAGCAAUGCUAACCUCUAAAAAUCUCUUAAUUUGCCCCUCUGUAAAAUGGGAGCAUGUGUGCAACAUCCAGCUGUAUGUACAACCCCAACAUUGGAUCCUGAUCUGUCAUAAUUCGGUUUUAAAUACCUUCAAUUAUAGAUAUGGAGGGAACACAUUUUGGGAUUUAAUUUUUUGGUUUAUGUAUUCAAAUUAAAAUGUGAAAAAAAA